CAGGGAAUUGUAUACGAGCGAUAGAUAAAUAGAGCUCAGGCUGAGCGCAGAAUAAAGGCCGCAGUAGAUCUGCAGCACAGGAAGCUCUUCCCUGCCGUAAAGCGAGUGACGGAAUUAUUGCCAAAAAGCCACUCCUCUGCUGUAUUUCGGAGUAGCAAGAUGGCAGACAACUGGGGUCGGGUGUGUGAGACCUAUCAGCGGGCCAUCGCCUUAUCAGACGUGGAAUCAAAGAACGACCCGGAAAACGAGCCGUACAGAUCCAAGUACCAAGCGCGGGAGUUGCUGCGGGAGGUGCGGGUGUUGCUGUGCCCGCAGGAAGACGAGAGCGAGGCCGAGGGAAAAGAAGAGCAUAGCGAUGGGCCCGGGAGCUGGGGAAGGAUGGGGGAGAGUCUGCUGGCAGCCCGCCUGGCGGUCAUAGAGUUCCGGCUCGGCCUGAAUCACACGGAGACCGAAGAGUUAUCUGCCGGGGAGGAACAUCUGGUGAAAAGCGGAAGGAUCAUAGAGCGAUACCGACUGUCAGAGGAGGGGGUGUCUGUGUAUAUCCAGGCUCAGAACAAUCUUGGCAUUCUGUGGGCUAACAGGGGUGAAAUAAGAGUGGCACAGAGAUACUUGGAGUCUGCUGAAUCCCUAUACUAUCAAUACAUGAAGGAGAUUGGUAAACCAGCAAUUGAUCCCGAUGAACAUUUCUUCUCUGAAGAGCAGAAAUUUACUGAGCAGGAAAGAACCAAACGGUUUGAGAGAGCAUAUACCCAUACGUUAUACUAUCUAGCCCAAGUAUACAAACACUUGAAACAGGAAGAAAAGGCUGCUCAGUACUGUCAUACAACUCUUCAACGGCAACUAGAAUAUGACAGCUACAAUCCAUUGGAGUGGGCAAUUAACGCUGCCACAUUGUCCCAGUAUUAUGUUACAAAGCAAUGUUACAUGGAGUCUAGACACUGCCUUGCAGCUGCUAAUGUUAUUUUUAGCAAAGCUGAACAGAUACCCUCUGUCGAGGCUGCAAAAGAGAAUGAGGCUGAACAAGAACGGCUCGAUCUUCUCCGUCAAAAAAAAGCAGAUAUUGCACGAUGUUGGGUAAAAUAUUGUCUGAAUUUAUUACAGGAUGCACAGAAAAAACUUGAGGAUAAUAUUGGAGAACUUGACGUUGACAUUCAAGAAGAACUGAAAGCCCAGAGGAAAAAGGAAGAAGAUGAGAAAGAAAAGGGCAGAAAGAAAGCUAUCCUUUUCGGAUCAAGUGAUCUGUAUGAUUCAGUUCAAGCAGCAGAGGAAAAAGUUGAGUGUUCAUGUCCAUUAGAUUUUAAAGAAGCAAGGGAGGUGUUCCUUGUUGGCCAGAAUUACAUAAAUGAAGCAAAGGAAUACUUCCAGCUAGAUGGGCAUGUUACUGACCACAUAGAGAUAACCCAGGACCAUAGUUCUUUGUUUAAGCUUCUCGCCUUUUUUGAGGAGGAUUAUGAAAGGCGAUGCAAGAUGCACAAGCGUAGAGUAGACAUGUUAGAACCUUUGUGCAAAGAGUUAAACCCACAAUACUACCUUCUCAUCUGUAGGCAGCUUCAGUUUGAGCUGGCAGACACCACUUAUGAAAUGAUGGAUUUAAAGGUAGCAAUAGGUAAUAAACUAGAUGAAAUGGACACUCACACUAUGAAAAAAAUCAAUAGUCUGGCACAGACAGCAAUCAAAUACUAUGAAAUGUUUUUGGACUCGUUAAGAAGCCCAGACCAGAAAUUUCCUGAGAAACUCGAAGAAGAUGUUCUCCGUCCUGCCUUGGUGGCAAAGUUCCGCAUUGCACGUCUCCACGGAAAGCUCAUUUCCACUGAUGGAAAAAAACAUCUGGAAAAUCUGCAAAAUUCCUUAAAUAAUUACAUAUAUAUUGUAGAUUAUUGUAAAGCGAAUGAGGAAGCCAUAAAGCGCAUUGAGACUGAGCUAGAACUUAGUAAGGAGAUGGUGGCUCUUCUUCCUGCUCGUAUGGAAAGGUUAAGGCUUCAGCUAGCAUCAUUUUCCUAAACGGUGAGCUGUUUGUUGUUAAUUUCAGAUGGAGACUGAAGCGUAUAGUAUUUAUUGUUACUUGCCAUUUCCAGAAUGAAACUCCUUGUCACAGUAUAGUGGUUCCUCUACCAACGUCAAUCAUUAAAUAAUCCAUUAUGUAAAUCCAAGCCAAAAAGUUUUGGUGAAAAUUGCCGAGCCAUAUAUAAAAUACACUUUCAAACAUAUCGAGUGGAUGUUGGUAAAUUGUACUGCAACACAGAAAUGAAUGCCCCUUCUGAUUCUUUUUAUGGACCAGUGAAAAGAAGCAUAACUUAGAAAUAUCUAAUGCUUUGACUAAUAUCUAUUUGCUGAUAUCUGAUGCCAGUGACUAAUAGGAGUGCACAGUGUAGUAAGCAAGAGUUGUUAAGUGUUUAGUGCAAGGCAUAAUCAUUCAGCCUGGCUCUAUGCCUUUAAUGAUCAUAUUUAAAUGUGGACUCUGGCAAUGAAGAAACAUUAAGGGCUUUAGCAUACGGGCAGAUUUGGGGAGAUUUAGUCGUCUGGCAACUAAUCGCCUCUUCUUAGGACAAUCUCCCCACAAACUGCUUUCCCCCUGUCUGCCGCCUGGUAAAAUGAAAAAUCGCCAGCGGCAAUGCACUCGCGGUAUUUAGAUUUCCGAAAGUCGCCUGAAGUUGCCUCACGAGGAAACUUCGGGCGACUUCAGAAAUCGAAGCAAUGUAAAACUUCAAAGCAAAUUAAUGUAAUUACAAGUAACAUUAAUUUGUUUCUUUCUCAUUUUUAAGUUCUUGGCAUUUUUAAAUCGUUAAUAUAAUUAGAACAAUAGCUCCACCUGCUGGUCAUUUUGGCCAAUCGGUUAUUCAGUGAAAACUGAUUUCUUGAGAAAAGUGACUACAGCGAGUCCACUGAAAUGCCCAGCAGGUGGCACUUUUUCAAAUUCCUUAUAUUAACAGUUGAAAAACAUUUUUCUUUAAAACUAGAAACAAAUGAUCUAAAACAAGUGUCUAGAAGAGCACUUUGAGCUAUUUUAAAUUGAUUUGCGUUGAAGAAUUAAAUGUUCCAAUGAAUAACUUUGUGUAACUACUUAGGUGAAUUAAUGAAAGCCAUUUAUUUAUGCUGCCCACACAUAUGCUUGAUUUGUUACAAAGAACGUGCCGCUGCAUAAAUCCCACCAAAUACAUAUUCAUUCAUAUAAUAUAUAUAUAUGUGUGUGUAACAUUUCAAGUUAUGUUUAUUGCAAAAGCGGAAUUUCGACUUACCAGUACAGUGCUUGAGUCAACUGUGAUUGCAUGUGAACUUAUCACUUGGCUGUAACCUCUCUAGGUUUGCAAAUGUUAUCAUGUGAAUGGUUUCCUUUAAUAUAUUCAAAGGUGAUGAUACAGGAGUGUGAUGUGGCUAGUGUAACCCCCCAACGUGUCUUAUUAAAAUGCAUUUCAAAAUA